AUGUUCACUGUCUCAAUACCCCGAGCACUGAAGGAAGCUUGCAUGUGCAAGAGUUUUGGUUCAAGCUUAUUCGGUCCAACACUCCAGUGGUACACAAAUCUCCCGAACGGUUCCAUUGACUCAUUCGCUCAGCUCACUGACAACUUUGUGGAGCAGUUCGCCAGCAGCAAGAAACUCGAGAAGUUGUCGGUCGAUCUAUAUAGAGUAUACCAGAGGAGGGGAGAGCCAUUGAGAGAGUAUGUCAGCAGAUUCAACAAAGAGAAGAUUUCCAUCCUUUCCUGUACCCUUGAGACAACCGUAGACGCCUUCAAAAAAUGUCUCCUCCCAGAUGGUGAACUAUACAAAGAACUGACGAAGCUAGGUUGCACCACGAUGGAAGACGCCUUGGCCAGAGCAAUGAUUCGAAUAAGGUGGGAGGAAGAUGAGAUGAAUCAGGCAAUUCAUGCCAGGUAUGACUGA